UUCCCUUUCAGCUGUGCAAUGCAACGCUUCCUCUUGCUGCUGGCUGCUCUGGUUGUUGUUGUCCAGGCGCAGGAUAACAAAACCAUCGAUGGGGAUGUGCUGAAUAAGCUGAUCUUUCCCGCACUCGCGCGGCACUCGCGCGUCAUUGGUGGCGAGUAUACGACCAUCGAGAAGCUCGGUGGCUAUCUGGUGGCCCUGCGUUACCGCAACGACUUCAUUUGCGGUGGCAGUCUGCUCGCCAGUCGCAUAGUCCUCACCGCUGCCCACUGCUUUCUGGGACGUGAAGUUGUGCAGAGGUGGGAGGUGCAGGCGGGCAUCACGGCACUCUCGGAGCACGGCCAGCGCGUCUUGAUGGAUGAGUUCAUUACGCCCAGCAGUUUCCGUGAGUCGGACAUGAACAUGGAUGUGUCCCUGGCGCGCCUGUCCCGCCCCAUUUGGGGCAAGAAUAUACAAACGUUGAAGCUCUGCUCGACAAAGCUCUCGAUGGGCCUAAUGCUAACCGUCUCGGGUUGGGGUCUAGUCAAUCCCAAGGACACGUCACAUCAGACUUUGCUGCGAAAGGUCGAUGUGCCGGUGGUAAGCAGAAAGCGUUGCCUGGAAACCUACAGUUCAACAGUUAAUCUAACAAACAGCAUGUUUUGUGCGGGUGCUUUGGGCAAAAAGGAUGCCUGCACCUUCGAUUCGGGCGGUCCUUUGGUCUACAAGAAGCAAGUCUGCGGCAUUGUCUCAUUUGGCAUUAGCUGCGCCAGUCCCAAGUAUCCCGGUGUCUACACAGAUGUGGGCUUUGUGCGUCCCUUUAUUGAGAAGACAAUGAAAGCGCUGAUGAAGAAGUAGACUUGAUCAAGCAUAAACCAAUACAUAUACCGCAGGCAUCUGCAUCUUUUGCCGUUAAUUAAGACGGUGACACGCUC